AUGUCUUCCAGACUGCUGCGGCGUCCAGCGCGCCAAUUGCUGUCGCAGGGCUGUGGUGCUGCACCCAGUGCACCGGCUACACCUCCGCCAGCACGUUGCUUCCAUGCAUCUGCACCGCGGCAGGACCCCGUCCUCGAUGCCAUCCUCUACCUCCCGCACGAGAUGAUGACCCUGAUCCACACCCAAGUCCCCUGGUACGCUGCUAUCCCGGCCUCCGCCUUCCUGCUACGCGGCGCUCUUGUCACCAGCUUUGGAACAUGGGCGCGCUCGCUCAUGGCGCGCUACAUCGGCCUGCAACCACUCCGCCAGGCGCUCGCACGCCAGAAGCGGGAUGAGAUCACGCGACAGGGCAACUUUCGAACGCCUAAAGAGGCCGUCGUUCGCAUAAAGCAAGAGGUCAGACAGGAGGUGCUCAAGCUGGACAGCAGGUGGAAGGUCACGCUCAAGGGUCAGAUAGGCUGGACCCUCAUACAGAUACCCAUCUUUUUCACCAUGGCCGAAGUGAUCAGGAAGAUGUGUGGCGCACGAGAUGGACUCUUGGCGUUGAGCACUUCGGUCUUUAGAUCAAAGGCAGAGGCGCCGACGACUGAGGCUGCUGAUGCGUUGGCGACCACAGAUGCAGUUGCGGCAACUGAUGCAUUCCCUGCUCUUGACCUGCAUUCGACUGGCGAUGCCAUUCGAGCCACCGACACCGUUGCGGUAUCCAAUGUCGACGGUCUAGCGGCCAUGACCACGAAUCCCUUCUUCGAACCGUCACUCGCCAACGAAGGCAUGCUCUGGUUUCAAGACCUGGUUCUGCCCGACCCCACAGGCGCUCUGCCGUUCAUUGUGUCAGGCCUCAUGUUUUCAAAUAUCUACUUUACCAAAAACACCGUCACGAACGAGAAGACCUGGCCAAACUACAUUCGGAGAGUCUUGCUGGGCGUCUCUCUGCUGAUCGGUCCGCUCUGCCAGGGGCUACCAUCUGCUCUGAUGUUGUAUUGGGCGUCUAGCACCUCGUCGGUCAUGAUAUGGAACGCAUGGCUUGACUGGAAGUACCCUGCGCCAAGAGACUUCACGGCCUGCAAAAGACCUCUUCAGAUGCCACCAACUGCAAAGCCACGAGCCACAAGGCUAUGA